AAUUCCCAAGCACAAACACCAAUCUACAAAAACCUCUCACUGCCGCAAAACACACACGAGCGCGCACGCCCCACCACGACCACCACGACGCUUUUCCGUCUGAUUCUUUCAUCUUCACUUAUCGUUUUUCGAUUUGAAAAAGAAUUAGAACAAGUGAAAGCUUGAUAACUCAUUUCUAUUGCACCGAAAAGUUGAAUACUUCCAUAAAGUUUAAGAAAAAUGGUUAUGCCCAUUUCACACUCCUUUUUCUUCGCUAGAGCCUCGCUUGUUCACUAUAGCUGUGGCUUGAAAAGCUUCGCUUCUUGGAUACAUGUAUCUUCUGUUUCAACUCUUGCUACUAAAAAGAAGUUCACACAGCCGGUGGCUUCGUUGCUGGAGUUUGGCGGAGUCAAGAUGGCUAAAGACGAUGUGGUGAGGGAUGAUCCAACGAACAAUGUUCCGGAUUCGAUAUUUUCGAAAUUGGGGAUGCAACUUCAUAAGAGGAAUCAACACCCGCUUGGGAUUUUGAAGAAUGCUAUAUAUGACUAUUUUGAUACCAAUUAUCCGAAUAAGUUUGAUAAAUUUGAUGAUUUGUGCCCAAUUGUUUCUGUGAAACAGAAUUUUGAUGAUGUCCUGGUUCCUGCUGAUCAUGUAAGUAGGAGUUAUAAUGAUACUUACUAUAUUGACCCCCAAACUGUUUUGCGAUGCCAUACUAGUGCCCAUCAAGCUGAGAUUCUGAGUGGGGGACAUAAUCAUUUUCUUGUAACUGGAGAUGUUUAUCGUAGAGAUUCUAUUGAUUCAACACAUUACCCUGUAUUUCAUCAGAUGGAGGGUGUUCGAGUUUUUUCACCAGAGGAUUGGGAGGGUUCUGGUCUUGAUGGCACAGCUUAUGCUGCGGAAGAUCUGGAAAAAUGUUUGGAGGGUUUGGCACGCCAUUUAUUUGGUUCUGUGGAAAUACGAUGGAUUGAUGCAUAUUUUCCAUUUACCAAUCCAUCAUAUGAACUAGAGAUAUACUUUAAGGAAAAGUGGAUGGAGGUUUUGGGCUGUGGGGUUACUGAGCAAGAAAUUUUGAAGAGAGCUGGAAGAUCAAAUAAUGUUGCUUGGGCUUUUGGACUUGGUUUGGAGAGGCUAGCAAUGGUUUUAUUUGACAUACCAGAUAUCCGGCUUUUCUGGUCGACUGAUGAGCGAUUUUCCUCCCAGUUUUCCCAGGGUCAACUCGGGGUCAAAUUCAAGCCAUUCUCAAAGUUUCCUCCUUGCUACAAAGACAUGAGUUUCUGGAUCAAUGAAUCCUUCACUGAAAACAAUUUAUGUGAGGUUGUAAGAGGAGUUGCAGGGGAUCUUGUUGAGGAGGUACAAUUGAUAGACAAUUUUACCAACAAGGAAGGAAUGACUAGCCAUUGUUAUAGAAUCGCGUACAGGUCAAUGGAGCGAUCACUUACAGAUGAGGAAAUUAAUGAGUUGCAAUGGAAUGUGAGGGACCAGGUGGAGAAGAAGUUAAAUGUUGUUCUAAGAUGAGAGUUUCAGGCCGGGUGCUACCGUCCGUAUGCAGGAUUCUAAAUUAAGUGAUUUUAGUCUUUAAUUUGUACACUAGAUUUUGAUUGUAAGUUAAACUGUGCCAAAAACCUGAGAGCCUGGAUGUUACACCCACAAACAAAAAUAUGUAACUCAUGUUUGAAAUUAUAUUUUUUGAGAUAACGGGGGAUAUUUAUGUA